GUUUUGGUUGAUGUACAUUAUUUAAAUGACGUCUGAUUUAUUCCUUUACUGUUUCCUGAAUAAUCAGACCAUCAACAAUCUAAUUUCUGAGGCGCAAUGUGUUUUCCUCUGUGCGUAAAAAUCCAUCCACACGCGGCCCGGACCUUUCCACAGGAAGGGGCCACAUGCAGGACGGAGUGUGUCUGAUUUCACUUCGUAGUGAUGCUGUGUGUUGGUAAUUACAUCAGGCUGAGGACCGUCCGUCACCCUCCUUCCUCCCCUCUCUCCCAUCCUCCCUCCCUCCCUCCCUGCACGGAGCUGAUUGGUCGCCGGGUGGCUGCCGGGACACACACCGCGUUGUCCCGGUGAAGCGGCCUCAGCGCGCUAUAAAAGCCCGCGGUCACACGCUGCCGUGCCAAAUGGGCUGUCACACGCGCUUUGGAGUAACCCGUGGAUUUGACGUUUAGGUUUUCACACCGUCGCGCCUUUGGAAACUUUCUCGAGCUCCGUGCUGGACCAGAACCAUGGACUCUGAUACGAGCCGCGUGUCGAGCAGACCUUCCUCUCCCGAAGUGGACGACAUCUUCAUGGCCACCCUGAAGAAGUCAGUGCACGGAUUCUCCGGAGCCGUGUCCUCCACGCAAAACGACACUCCGUCCGAAAUCGCCGCCAUGCACGGCCUGCACGGCCUCUCCGCCUCCGACGAGGAGACCCUCGCUCUGCGGUUCGCCUCCAAGAAAGACCGUAAACUCCUGUCCGAGAACGAGCUGCAGUCGAUCCGCCUCAAGAUCAACAGCCGCGAGAGGAAAAGGAUGCACGACCUCAACGUGGCCAUGGACGGACUGCGGGAGGUCAUGCCCUACGCGCACGGGCCAUCGGUGCGUAAACUCUCCAAAAUCGCCACCCUGCUGCUGGCGAGAAACUACAUCCUGAUGCUGAGCAACUCUCUGGAGGAGAUGAAGCGGCUGGUCAGUGAGAUCUACGGCAGCAGCGCACACCACGGCGGCUUCCACCCGUCAGCCUGCGGGACUAUGACACACGCUGGGCCCGUGCCGGGACACCCGGCCGCCCCCCACCCCGCACACCCGGCGGUGCACCACCCGCUGCUCCCGCCGGCCGUCUCCUCCGCGUCUCUCUCUGCGCCCGGUAUCUCCGCCGUCACCUCGGUCAGACCCCACCACGGACUCCUCAAAGCUCCCGCUCCCGGCGCAGGGCCGCUGGGCAGCAGCUUCCAGCACUGGGGCGUUGGCGCCGGGAUGCCCUGUCCGUGCAGCAUGUGCCAAGUCCCGCCUCCGCAUGUGUCCAGCAUGAGCUCCGUCACCAUGCCGAGGCUGACCAGCGACUCCAAGUGACUCCAAACCCGAUAGAGACGAACUUGUUCAGGGUUGUCACAGACUCUCUCUCUCCUCUUAUUACGUUUUUUAAUUUAUCUUCGUCGCUGAAUCCGUCGCGUGGACGGAGCCAGUGAAGACCGAUGCAUUGAUUUUCCUCACUGGGACUUUUGGGGGUUUUGCAAACUAACUUAGUGUUUGAUGGUGAUUAACCUCAGUUGUAAGCGCUGUGUCUUCACAGAGCUCAAGAAGCACAACGAAAUUCAUUUAAUUCUGAAAAAGGUUUGAAUGAUCAAGGCCUCGACUCGUCCAUGUUAACAUCCAGCUCUCUGGUGAUUUCAGGGCCUGCAGAGGAAAGAGCCCCAACUUGAAUCCAACCACAAAUAUAGUGUAAAUAUGUAGAAUAAUCUGUUUAAAUAGUGGGAGAUAUUAUAUAUUAUAGUCUUGUUAAUGUUGCACCUGCUUUAUUCUGUCCUCUGAUUCUCUCCCUGUUUUCUGCUCAGUGGCUUGUCUUUCACUGUCCGGCCCACACAAUGGCCACUUCUUUAUUUUUUUAAAUAAAAACA